CUUUUUGAUAUCCGUCCGACACUUCUUUCUCCUCUCUUUAUUUUUCUUCUUUUGUACACAUAUUAUUUCGUUUCUCUGAGGAAGGAGCUUGUUGAGGCCAAAUGGAAAAUCUUCUUACGAUCAACAAGACAAGAGGGUGUGAGGACGCUCUUGACUUGGACGAUUUCUUUCAGCAACGGUUGACGCCAGUGCUGCAAAAGUUAAAGACUCGAUUAUCGCAUUUUGAGAGCGAUAGCAAACAGCGACUUCAGGAUUAUACCAUUGACAAAAUCAAACGUACCUACUCGCUACUAGAAUCAUUGGAUAAAGCACGUCAACUGGGAUGGAAACAAUCACUCGAUCAUAUGAACAGCAUGCCACUCCUCCGUCAAACCCUGGAACAAUCGCUGGCCGAUCUCACCGAAAAAUACCGUGAACUGGAAACGCUGGUCGCCGACGAUUACUUUGAAAAGACCCUCGACGAUACCAUGGAUGCUGUCAUGUUCAGCAUUGAACAAGUCGAUAAUCAAAUCUCGGACACAUUCCAAAAAGCGUCAGAGAUGCGCAAUCGUGUUCACGAAAAGAUUCACGAUUUGGCAGAUAUGGCUCAUGAUCAACUAAAAAAGGCGAUUGCCUACGGUGCCAAACGAUUACUGCAUUACGAGGAGUUACCCGUGCCCUGGCGCAACAAUAAGUAUAUUCUGACGGGUUAUCGAUUCUUGUCCACGCCGGCCGAUUGCUUCCACUCGCUCUUGUAUAUCCACAACGAAACCGGCAAUAUCUACACCCAUCUUGUCGGAUUCUUCUUUUUCCUCAGCAUCGGCAUUUACGAGCUUUUCUAUUCCUCUCUGCUCUCCGAAGUGCCCAAUGUGGAUCGUAUCAUCUUUGCCAUCUUCUUUCUCGCCGCUUGCAAAUGUUUAAUGUGUUCCACAGUAUGGCAUACCCUGUCAGGCAUCAAUGAUUACCAUACGUUCACCCGAAUGGCGUGUCUCGAUUACGUCGGUAUCUCUGUUCUCAUCUGCGCCAGUAUCAUUUUAUGCGAAUACUAUGGAUUCUAUUGCCACGAUGCUUGGCGCAAUUCGUAUAUCAUUGGCACCGGCACCUUGGCCAUCGUAGGUAUCACCAUGCCAUUUAUGAGUUGGUUUGACAAAUUAGAGUUCCGAUGGAUUCGUAUUGCCUUCUUCAUUUGUCUCGCGUCGUCCGGGAUCGUUCCCAUUGCUCAUCUCUCUGCCGUGCAUGGCGGUACGGCCGUCAUGACGUGGAUUGCUCCCGUGGUGCAGUCACUGUUGUGUUACAUUCUCGGUGUUGCUGUUUAUGCUAAUCAGCUGCCAGAGGUGUUUUGGCCGGGAAAAUUUGAUCAUUUCGGUCACUCACAUCAACUGUGGCAUCUGUUUGUAUGCGGAGGCAUCUGGUUCCAUUACGUGGCCGCCAAAAGUUUCGUCAGUGACAGGGAACAGUUCGGUUUCUGUCAGCUCUAGAUUGGAAACCAUCACAACCAUCCUCUCCCCCCUCUUUCUUUUUAUUUUUCGUUACCAUCAAAGCAUACCCUCUUCUCAUGCGCGACUCUUUUCCAUUUGUUUCAUUUCUGCCCUGUUUACACACUUGUUAUUUAUACAAUAGAAUUUAAUCGUCUCUAUUCCAUUGCAUGUCUUCCUUCAACUUGUCACGAUGACAUUGUUUCAUUUGUAAAAGUAAUAUAUUAAUACCGGAAAAUCUACCAAAAGUUUAAAGAAACGACAGAACUAAACGGAAUAAAGAAAAGGACAGAAAACAAUUCGCAGAACAA